AUGACACAUGGGGAGCCAACAGCGGAGGCACAAGCAGAACCAGAAGAGACACCAUCACUCGAGGUACCACUACAUGGAAUACUGACAGAAGCACCAAUAAGUCUACCGGAAGUAUCAGUAGAGACGCCAGCAAAAGCACCGGAACCAUCAGCAGAAGCAUCUGAUGAACCAGCAGAAACGCCAGCAGCGGAAGCACCAGUAAAAGCGAAAGUACCGGCAGCACCACCAGAAGCGCCAGAACCGGAAACACAAGUAGAUGUACCGGAAGCACCAGCAGAAGCUCUCGCGCCAGAAGCACCAACAGAAGCUCUAACACCAGAAGCACCAGGAGGUACACCGGAAGCCCCUGAGGCUCACUGUCCUGCGGUUGCGAUCUUGGUGCUGAACAAUAGCGAGAAAAUUUUGCUAUAUGUCACGAGGGUUGCUGCUUAG